UUCAUUUCCCGAAAUUCAAAUAUCCGGGUAUCUCGGGUUCCAGAAUUCAGCGUUAGCUUCCCUCGUUGGUCUCGAUCGCGGGAACGGCGGACGCCACCUCUCUCGCUCUUCUGCAUAAGUUAUUGUUUUGGUUCCUAAGCUUAUUCAUCGGCCGAUAUCUUGUAGUAGGAGUCUCAGGAAGAGAACAAGAGGAGGAGGAGGAGGAAAUAUGUGGAAGUAGUAGUAGCGAGUGGGAGGUUUUAAGAUCCGGGCGCUGUUAAACGUCGUACUGCGAGGGCAUGAGAUCAACCCACCUUUUUCAUCGCUCAAUCGUUGCCUAGUUGUUUGUGGCAGGAGGGUUAAAGAAUGGCUCAUGAUAGAAGAAAAAAGAGAUCAGAAUCCAGCGAGAGCUCAUCAUCAAGUUCAGAUAGUGAUAGCAGGGAGGAAAGAUCAAAAAAACGGCAUAGAAGCAAACGACAGCGAGGCCGUAAACAUCGCAGGAAGGAGGACUCUGAUUCCGGGGAUUCUGAAAGGAAAGGUAGGAAAAAAGACAGGAAGAAGGGAAAGGAAGAUACAGGUCCACAAUUCAAACCAGAUAAAGCAGAAAAGGUCGUUCGUUACAUGCUGAAAAAGUUUCCAGAUGCCAAAGAUGAUCUAAAGCACAUUCUGCAAAUGAUUGAUGCAAGACAGGCUGUGGACCUUGGUGGACUCACCAACAGUUACCUUGCAAAACUUCUUGAGAAACUGUUUCAAUACCUCAAUCUUAAACAAAAUAAAAGUGGGGCGUUCUUCUUGCCAUCAAAAGCUGGUUCUACUUUGGAUAUUUUAGGGCAUUUGUUUUCUUCAACCCAAGAGUCAGGAAAACAGGAAGUUGCUUCUGAAGUUUUACAAAGAGUACAAUCAGUCCCUUCAAGUUUUGCUGAUGUAACACCAAAAACUAAAAUUGAUGAUGUGUCCGAGCUGGGGACAUUUGCAAACCCAGAUUCAGCAAAAAGAGUAAUUGGUCCCCAGAUGCCUUCAGCUGAGGAAUUGGCUCCAGCCUUGCCGAGCCAACCUCAAACAACAAGGAGAGUGAUUGGUCCCCAGAUGCCUUCAGCCGAAGAGUUGUCUUCAGCAAACAUACAGAGCCAGCCUCAAGCAAUGUGGAGCGAUGAGGUGGAUGAUGAAGAUGAUGUACUAAUAGGUCCUCCUCCCCCCAAUGUAGUUGCAGAAGCAGAAUCAGCUAAUGAAGCUGAGCGCUUUGAUGAGGUCUCAAGGAUUGUUGCAGGGUCCAUUGAGAAUCCAUAUGAGGUGCUUGGUUUGAACAGAAAUACAACACAUGAGACUAUCAAGAAAAGGUAUUGGAAACUCUCACUUUUGGUACACCCAGAUAAAUGUUCUCAUCCUCAAGCUCACCAAGCAUUUGUAUUGUUAAACCAAGCAUUCAAAGAACUGCAAAAUCCAGACAAGCGAAAACUUGUUGACGAGAAAAUUUUGCAAAAAGAAGAGUUAGAGGAGUUUAAGGCAGAACUGCAAGCACAUCGUGAGGCUGCAAAAUGGCGACAGAUACGAGGCGAGUCUUUGCCUGGUGAUGAGGAGCUUCUUGCUGGCGGAAAGCAGCUACCAAAGCGAGAUGAAUGGAUGACAACGUUGCCACCUGAAAGGGCGCCUGGUCUAAGUAUGCAUUCGACAUCAUUCAGCAAAGGUGGGAAAGAAGGCCGUGGUGAUACUAGCCUCUGGACUGACACUCCUGAUGAAAUAGCCCGGAAAGCGAGAAUGAGAAAUUUGAUGACACACAACACAAUAUCUGCACUUGCCGACGAUGAAACAGCUAACAGAAAGAAGCAGUCUAGUUCAGAUGCUGAGCUGGUGGAUGCAUAUCAAAGCUCUAAAAGGUCGAAGACAUUGUUGCAGAAGCACCAAGAAGCUGCCAGUAGUGCCCCCCGGAAAAAGCAAAACAAAGAAACAAUCAAGCAAGAGUGGGCUGGACAACAUCCUUGGAAGCCAUGGAAUCGUGAAACAGAUUUGGCAGCUGGGAGACAGAAAGUUGAGUUGGACUCCAAGGAUAUGGCCCAGGGGCUUGCUUCCAGGUUUUCAUCAGGAUCCUUCCAGAGAAACUUCCUCUAGUGUUCCUUGCCAAUGGAAUGGGCCUUGGAGAUGCCUUAAAACUGAAACGAGGGUCCUUCACUUAAAUGGAGGUUUUGUAUUCCAUGUGUUCAUGGAUCUGCUCGGCAAUUCACGCCAACCAAAUGCACCGUGAGAUUUUCCCACAAUCAGCUUCUGAUGUUUUUAUAUGGCUUAGUAAA